CAGUAUCUACAAGGGAGAAAACUGAUUUGGGCAUAAGAUUGCCUGGAUCCGUGAAACCACUCCAUUACCUGAUCAAGCUCCAACCCUUUAUCAAUGGCAACUUUAGCAUCUUCGGCUACAUGGAGGUGGAGAUGGAGGUCCUGGAACCGACCUCCAACAUCACGCUCCACAUGGCUGACAUCAUCACUAAAAAUGACACAAUAAAGGUGUAUGCUCCUGGUCAAGAGAAAGGCCGAGGUGAGGGGAUCAAAAACCAUGAGUACGAUCAUGAUCGUCAAUUUUAUAUCGCCCAUCUGAAGAACGAGCUGCAGAAAGGAAGAAAGUACGUUCUUUCCAUGGAGUUCCUUGGUUAUCUUAAUGACAAGCUGCACGGCUUCUACAGGUCGACCUACAUGGAUGCUGCAGGCAACACCAGGAACGUUGCUGUGACACAGUUUCAGGCUACUGAUGCCCGCAGAGCCUUCCCUUGCUUUGAUGAGCCUGCCCAAAAGGCAACCUUUGAAAUUCACCUCGCUAGGGAAUCUUGGAUGACGACCCUCUCUAACAUGCCCAUUGCAGAAACUGUGCCUAUCACGGGGCAGGAGGGUUGGGUGUGGGACCGUUAUGAGAAGAGCGUCCCGAUGUCCACCUACCUCGUCGCCUUCGUCGUCUCGGAUUUUGUUCAAGUCAACACCACAGUGAAUGACAGCGUGGUACUUCGAGUGUGGGCGCGACGAGAAGCAAUAGAUCAGGCAGAGUAUGCACUGAAGGUGGGACCCAAGAUCCUGAGUUUCUUUGAAGAGUAUUUCGGCCUGCCUUUCCCUCUCCCAAAGAUGGACAUGGUUGCGUUACCCGACUUCUUUGCAGGAGCCAUGGAAAACUGGGGUCUCAUCACUAGCAAGGAAAAUUACCUCAUGUAUAAUCCAGAAGUGUCAACACCACAAACAAGAGCAUUUAUCACAGAGGUAAUAUCCCACGAAUUGGCUCACCAGUGGUUUGGGAACCUGGUGACGCCCGUGUGGUGGGAUGACCUCUGGCUCAACGAGGGAUUUGCUACCUAUAUAAAUUUCCUUGGGAUUGAUCAUGCAGAGCCAUCAUGGAAAGUAAUGGAAACGUCCCUCGUCGAAAGAGUUCACAGAGUGUUUGGUCUUGACAGUUUGGAGUCGUCACACAAGAUCAGCAUUCCCGUCGAUCACCCAGAUGAAAUCUUCGAAGUCUUUGAUGGAAUCUCAUAUGAAAAGGGAGCAUCUAUCAUCAGGAUGAUGACCCACUACCUCACUGAAGCAACAUUUAGGAAGGGGUUGACCAGCUACCUGAAAGCACUUUCAUACAAGAAUGCAGUGCAAAUGACUUGUGGAAAUAUUUAAUUGGCG